GUGACCAGGGAGAACCCCGCGCUGCUUCCGCACACCAAUCACAGCGCGCGAUCGCUCCUAGAUUUGCAUAACCACGCCCUCUGCUCCGACACCGCCCACCACCGGCUGUAGCCGGGUCUAGGCGCAGUUUGCUCCCAGUUCCCUCCCAGUGCUCCCAGUAAGAGCGGUACUGGCAGGGAGAGCGCUCCCAGUUGCUUCUAGGUGCUGUCAGGAUCGUUACCAGUGCUCCCAGUAUCACUUCCCAGUGCCGCGCGGGGCGCAACCGCUUUGCAAUCCCCCAGGGCGGAGCGCGGCUGCUUUUGCGCGUCGGCACCGGGCCGGGCCGGGCUGGGGGAGGAGGAGCGGAAGGAAGAAGAGUAGUGGAAGGAAGAGCAGCAGCAGAACCGAGCGGCUCACUCGCUCGCCCGCUCUAGGCCGCAGCUUCCCCGACUUCCCCAGCAUCACCCCUCCCCCCGGAAGCCGCAGGUGAGCUGGGAGGGGGAGCUCGCCCCAAAUCCAUCGUGGGGAGGUCUCCUGGAGGUUUCUUUGUGGGGCAGGAGAUGUUUGGAUCUUGCAGGACCCCGAAGCUCAGCCGGAAAUGCCCCGGGAGGGAUCUUGGCGGGUCCCACAUUGCUAUCGCUCGUUCUGGCGGAGAGGGGGCGAGAUCGGUUCUGGGGAUAUCCGGGAGAGCCGUGGGGGAAUACGGGAACCCCGGAGCGGGGAGAGCGCAGAGGGGCGAUCCCGGAGCCGGGGGACCCCCGGCAGCCUGGAGGGGUGUGGGAGGUUGGUGAUAAGCAGCCCCAGGCUCUCUGAGGCUGAAAGGGGCACUGGCUUGUCCAGCUGAACUUGGCCCGCAGGAACAUAAACCCAACGCGCUCAACCCUUCUUUUCCCCCAAAAAUGGAUUUCCCAUUCCUAAACCUUGGCCCGAUGGAGGAUGAGGCCGUGAGGAAGAAGAACAUGUCCCCGGAGCCCCAGGCAGACAAGGAGCUGAGGAUGGAGACCAGGGAGGACAAAUCCCUGCAGCAGAACCUUGUGGAAGAGGCUGUUUGGAGCAGCUCCAUUGCACAGGAAACCAGCGAGGAGGAAAAGCCCGGGAGAUCCCACAUGAGGAUGGGCUGCAAACACAGUUCUUGGGUAUCCGAGGAGGAGAACCAGGGCCAAAGAACCGGACAGAGCUGCAGCCAGAGCUCAGAGCUGGGGUUCCAUGAGCAUCUUCAUGAUGCGGAUAAGCCCCACAAGUGUUCAAAUUGUGGGAAGAGCUUCAGCAAGAGAUCCUCCCUGAUCUGGCACUGGAGAAUCCACAUGGGGGAACGGCCCUAUGAGUGUGGGGAGUGUGGAAAGAGCUUCAGUACGAGAUUCAAACUGAUCCGCCACCAGAUGAUCCACACUGGGGAGAGGCCCUAUGAAUGUGACAUACGCAGGAAGAGGUUUCAGACCAGCUCCAAUCUCGUCAUGCAUCAGCGGAUUCACACAGAAGAGAGGCCCUUCCGCUGCCCUGACUGUGGGAAGGGCUUCAAAUACAACUCCCGCCUUGUCUCCCACAGGCGCAUCCACACUGGGGAGAUGCCCUAUGAGUGUGGGCAGUGUGGGAAGUGCUUCAGGACAAGCUCUGAACUGAUUGUCCACCAAAGGAUCCACACAGGGGAACAGCCCUAUGAGUGUGAUAAAUGCAGCAAGAGGUUUCUGACCAGCUCCAGUCUCCUCCUGCACCAGCGCAUUCACAUAGAGGAGAGGCCCUUCUGCUGCCCCGACUACAGGAAGGGCUUCAGGCACAACUCCAACCUCGUCACCCACCGGCGCAUCCACACUGGGGAGAGGCCCUAUGAGUGUUCUGAGUGUGGGAAGAGCUUUUCACAGAGCUCUCACCUGACCAAACACCAAUGGAGGCACCACUAAGGGAAGCCCUGCAAAUCAAGUGCAGGAAGAGCUUCAUGUGCUGCUCCAGCUCCAUUCUCCAUGGCAGGAUCUGUGCUGGAUGAUGCCGAGUGACCCCUGGUGGGCAGAGCCCCGGUGAUCCAUGUUAGGAAGACACCUGGCUGGGCGGCUCUUCAUCCUCCUGGCUUCCCUUGAGCACCUGGACAUAUCCACAGAUCAACAUCAGAAAUCCAUUGUGAAGAGCACGUUUGUCGACUUCUGACCCGAGAAAAAUCUCACUCUUUGCAUCUUCUGGUGGCAUCAAGCAACACUGAAUGGCCUUGGAGGUCUUCUCCAAUAGAAAUCCAUCAUUUUAAUCCUUUCUGGCUCAUGGGCAUCUUCCACAGCCAAAUGGGAACAUAUUGGGGCAAACCCCACAAUUUUGGAGAUGGUGGGGUGGAAACCCCUUCAAAAAGGGUUCUUCCCACCCAGCCAAGCAUGUGGAUGCUUUGCCAGCAGGGACACAUAAAUUCUUUUGUUUUGGCCUUGAAACAAAAAGGUUUCUGUUCAUUCCUUUGAAAGCCCUGUAACUGGGGUGUCCUGGUUUGAAGGACAGGUGUUUGCCAAGGAAAGCAGAAGCUUCCCCUUGGACUGAAAGAAAAUAUGAUUCUUCCGAUUAUUAUAAUUUCGGAAUUAAGAGAGCUCUCAGGCAAAGAUAUGGGGGUAGGAAUAACAGUUCUUUACUAGUAUAUUUAACAAGACAAACAAGAACAACAACAGCUAUGAAAUUACCCACAAACAGAACAGUAACUCAGUCCCAGUGUUUUUUGGCUGCAGGCACCUUUUCCCUGAGCUGCAGUUCCCGGUGCUGGGGGCGGGCGGCUCCCGCAGAGCUGCAGGAGGGCUGGGGGUGAUGGCAGAGCUGUCCCAGGGGGAGAGAGAGAUGGAGAGAGAGCUCUCCGCUCACGGUGUCGGUCCCGGUGCUCAGCAGAGUGCUGGAUGGUGGUAGUUCACAGCGAGAAGACAGCCGGGCAGGGUCCGAUGGUGGUUUCCCGACGCUGGGAUGGGACACAGACGGCGAUCGUCCUUCUCGUCCGAACUCCGCGGGAGAAAUGGGCCGAGGCCCAGCCUUCCUCUUCCUCUUCUGGCUGUUUGAAUCUCGCGGGGCUUGCUUCUUCCCUCCCGUCCCCUCCCCCUUGUCACCAGGGCCCAGUCAACAGGUAUCUUAGCAUGACAAUGGGGAAAAUUCCACAGAGGGAAAAAAAAAAAAGAAAGAACUAACCCUCAACAUUAUCCACCCCGAAUUUUCCCCUACCAUCAUGCCAAAUCAAAUUAAAAACCUUCAAAUUAUAGACAUCCAUACAGUUACAGAUACAGGCACAGUAUUGUAGGUAGUUCACCCUAAAACAAUGUCUCCUUGGGGUAUGCAUCUGGUCUUUCCAUCCCUUUGCAUGAUCCACCAGGUACACCCUGGCCCUUGAGCAAAAACCACCCCCUGAAUUGGAUUGUCUUUGCUGGAGGCAGGGUUCACCCAAACAGUUUUUCCUAGCAUACCUCUCAUAUGCACCACUGGAACCUUGUCCCCAUCUGGUGUUCUCAAGGGCUCAGACUGGGCAGGGCCUGCUCGAUUAGUGGAACCUCGGGUGUUCACUAACCAUGUGGCCUUUGGUAGAUUAAUCUCUCAGUUUUUGAAAGUCCCCCCGCCCAGUGCCUUCAAGGUGGUUUUAAGCAGCCCAUUGCACCGUUCCACUUUCCCAGCCGCUGGUGCGUGAUAAGGAAUGUGGUACACCCACUCGAUGCCGUGUUCUCUGGCCCAGGUGCUUAUGAGGCUG